AUUCUUCAGAUCUGAUGCUUGCCCAGUUGCCUUGAUUGAAUUGUGUGGCUAUUGGCUAUCUGAAGCUCUCCUACCCAGAUUUCCUGGUAAAAAUCCAAGAGGGGAUCACCAAGCGAGGUCGCCAAAUUCUCCUUCCCAGUUAUUUGUUAACAGUCCACUUGACUUGAGGAAAGUUAGCUCCCAGCUGAGUAGAACACACAUUCUCUUAGAUCUCAUUACCGCAAAAUAACUGUUCUCCAGUCAAGUGUAUCAUCAGGAACAAAUGCAGGCUUGCAACACACACUAAGGUCUCAAUUUACUAGCAGUUGAUGUUCAGAACAGUGCUGUGCUGGUCCUGAGAGGUGGACUUCAUUUUUUUAAAUAACAGGAGCAUAAUUGUAGGUGGCCGUUCAGGGAUAUUAUUCUCUAUUGCUUGUUUGGGAAAAGAUGAAGAAUUUUGAAGCUGGAUUUGUAUACCCACAGCAGCCUACAGCCAUGCCUAAUGGAGUCUGGCUCUAUUCCUUUAAUCCUCAACCACGAAACAUGCCCCCUCCCAGUCCUAGUACCAUUAGCACAGGGUCCGGCUCACAGAACUCUCCGCAGUCCAUGCACGGGGAACAACUUAGUAAAACGAAUCUUUAUAUAAGGGGCCUAUUACCAAACACAACAGAUCAAGAUCUUCACUCUAUGUGCUAUAUAUAUGGGAAAAUUAAUUCCACAAAGGCAAUACUGGAUAAAAACACUAAUCAAUGUAAAGGUUACGGUUUUGUAGAUUUUGAAAAUGGCCCUGCAGCACAGAAGGCAGUUACUGCAUUACAAGCCAAAGGAAUAGCAGCCCAGAUGGCAAAGCAACAAGAACAAGACUUCACAAACUUGUAUAUCACAAACCUUCCUAAGCAUAUGGAUGAAAAGGAGCUAGAAAAAUUGUUAUCACCGUAUGGCCAGGUUAUCAGUACUAGAAUUUUAAGAGACGAACUGAAGCAAAGUCGAGGUAUAGGAUUUGCUAGAAUGGAAUCAAAAGAAAAGUGUGAAGAAAUAAUUAACAUGUUCAAUGGAAAAGUUUUAACCGGACAGACUGAGCCUUUACUAUGUAAAUUUGCUGAUGGUGGCGUAAAGAAGAGGAAAGAAUUCAACAAGCACCCUCCCAAUGCCACUAAUUGGCCGAAGGUAGAAGAGGUUCAGAUGUAUGACCCAGUAGCCUACACUGCAAAUGGCCGAGUUAUGACACCAACACUUAUUCCGAAUCCAUACGGAAACCACCCUGUACCUUACGUCCAUGGCGUGCCGUAUGUACAUUCACAAUAUAUGGUCCAACAACCUGUUCCGAUGACCCAAGCUCUUGACCCCACCGCUAAUCUUCCUCUUCAGCAACAGAGCAUUGUACCAAAUGUCGCACACAUGGGACAGAUACAGCUUGCUGGCACUUAUUUACAAGCUCAAUACCCACACGGCUACUCUCAGGUUCUUCAGCCAUUAACUGUUGAGGAUGCUAGUGGACAGCUACCAGUAGAUGAAGCUCAGCAGUAUUACACAGCUGCCCAGCAAGCCAAGUAAAGAGUAAACAGGUGUGUGGAGCAAAAUAGCAAUGCAGACAAAGUUCAGAGAGGUAUGAGCUUGACAAGAUGGUGAAGGAUCACCUGCACGCUCAUCAAUUAUCUCAUCAUCUUUCACCUUUUUCCUCUUCGAUGACGAUAAUCAAAACAAAACGAAUGCAAUUGUAUUCAAGUGCCGAAGAAAGCCUGUAGCCAAAGCUCCCUGGAUGCCCCAUGGAAGCUCUGUGUUGUAGAAGGAUAGAAUUGUUUUAUUGCUUUUUGUGUGUACCUCCAUUGUAUAUAAUUGUACAAAAAAAAAAAAAUUACAAAUUGGUAACUGUAGUAGAGAAUUGGAUGGGGAUUGGAAGAGUCACUGUUGACAUUUCUGCUUGCUGCGAUUGUCGUAAGAUGUUUAUCUUCCAAGUGUAAGCAGUUAAUAAUAAGUCAAACAAUGGCCCCGAAGAUUAUUACAUUGUAAAUUGUUUACCACAGUGCAUUAUGGGUAAUAAAUGGAAUCCAUUCGGUAUGGUUUAUAAAUAAUUGCUUGAAAAACUUUGUGGGGAUUUUUCAUUAGCUUUCAUGUAAAUUCAGAUCAGUAGUGUCCUAAGUAUUUUGUGGUAGAUAUAUUGAAAAAAAAAAAGGCAACAGUUACCAUUGCUGCUACACCAAGGCCAUAAAACCCGAACUACAAUAGAAUAAGUUCAAAAUUUGCCUUAGCAGAUUUCUAUAUUCCCAGUGGCACAUCUGGAAGGGGUGGGAGGUGCAUGAGGGCGCUAGCACUUUACUCCACAUCAGGCCCACUUCAGCGCCCCUCCCACCCCCCUGCUUACGUUGAAUACUUCUAGGUGUGCCACUGUUUCCCAUAUUAUGUAUUGUGGUAAACAAUCAUUAACUCAAGCAAAGGGUUAAAUGCUAUUGAGUUGUCAAAUGCAUAUAGCGAAAAUCACAAAGAAAGAAAGAAAUUACAAUUUAUCUUUGCAAAGCAUUGUCUUCAAGUAGAUCGUAGAUAUGUACUUUUGUUUGUAAAUUAGAAUCUUUCAGGUUUUAUGUGUAAGUAAUACUUGCUGUCCUGUAGAUUAGAGAUGAUUUUAAAUUGAAUUGGAAUUUCUCACAGCACUCAGCUUUUUCAAAGAUUCAAAGAAUAUGCAGUAAAAAUACUGCAAAAAUUUUUACAUUUUCAGCUGGAGAGAAGGUAAAGAAUGUUGACUGUUAUUUGUUCUUUGGGAGGUGUAUGUUUCAAGAGCACUAACAAACAAAAAAAAAAUGAAUUUAAAGAAUUUGCUAAUCUAAAUGUUAGAUAGGUUUUUAACAAAUUAUUGUAGAAUUGGUCCUAGAAUUUUAAACAGAUGUGAUUUGGCUCGUAAUUUUGUUGGGUGGAAAAUUGUCAAAUGUUAUAUGUUGGUUAGAUUUUAGAGGUUUAAAAAAAAUCCCCACUGGAAUUGCUAUUGCUGUUGUAUGCUGGAUCAGUAAAUGAUUGAUGCUGUGGUAAAAUUAAAUUUUUUAUCAUUCUUAAACCAAAUUUAGCACCUUCUUGAAUCUGAUUGUUAGUGUUUUUAACACCUCUCAAAAAAACUUGUUUUAUAAAUGAAAGAUAGAAGGGAUUUUAAUGUUGUUCUAAAUCUCUGUCAAGACUAUCAAAUUUUCUUUGACAAAAAAACUGUUGUAUGCCCAUAUAUAGUCAUGAUGUGAUGUCAUCAUGUCCAUAUUAGGCAUGUCACAUGUUUUAUCAAAUAUAAUUUGGUAGUGCAAACAGGGCUUUAGAUUCAUAAAUGAUUGAUUUGAUGGGUUUCUAUUUGCUUCAACAUUACUACUGAAUAUACUAGUUAUCAGACGGAUAUUUUUUUCUUUGCAUGUAUUCCAUGUGUUACUGAUAACACUGCCGGAUUCAUAUAUUCGGCUUGAGCAUUUUUAUCUCUGAUGAUGUUACUACCGCAAUUGCAAAUUUCCUUUGCUAGGUUAGUUUCCAAAACUGGCUAUGCUCCACAGGUUUUUUAAAUCCAUGGAUCCACAUCUGAUUAUAACCACUUCUUAGCACAAUUUAUGUUUGGAUACUAUUUGAUAGUAUGCAAAUGCAAAGCACAAAAAUAUGGUGUCCAAAUGUAGUAUAAAAAAUGAUGAUGAUCUACCAUCAAAUUGAUGCACCUAUAUCUUGCCUCGUAAAGAAUGCUUGUCUUGUGCUUCUUCUGUGUAAGUAUAGUGUCAAAAGUGUAUUCCAUGAAACGAGGUGAAAAUUAAAAUAUCGGUGUAACUGGUUAUUUUUACAGGAGGAAUGUUUGGAAGGCAAUAGAGGUGUGAAUAAUGUGUACACUAUACAGGUGCUACACUAUCUAUGCAACAAAUGAAUGGUUGAAAGGUCGUAGUUGAAAGGUUGAAAGUACCAAUCUGAAUCUACAUAUCUUUCGGUGUUACCUCACAGUUAGUGGUAAUUUGAUAUAUGUAUGAACACUAUCAAAAUUUGUUGAAAGGAAACAGAAUGGACAGAAUUUAUCAUUAGGAUUGUUUUUCAUUGAAGAUCUUGUUAAGAGUUUCAUCCUGUCUACCUUUCAUCCUUCAGCUACGAGAAGUAUAAUCGUAAAUCGAUCAAAUGUACGAAUACCUGGCAACCAAAUGACGAUAGGCAAUAUUAUAUAGUUAAUCUAUUUCUCUCUUUGUAAGGAUGAAAGGAAAACAGGUUUGUGAGUGAAUGUAUUGCAAGUUUUAUAAUGACCGGUUGCGAUUUUUAAUCAGGGACUAAACACAUCGACUCUUCUCAACAUUGAGAAAGGGUCUCACAAUAACUACGGGGUUAUAAGAAAUGUAAAUUAAGGUGAAGUUUAAACAAAUAACGAACAAAAUCAUCUGCUAAAAUUCAAUCAAGUGAUUUCGUUCUUUAUUGCAAGUUUUUUUGUUGUAGAUGUUUUGUAGUUUAAUUCAAUAGAUUAGGUUGUAAGUUACAUGUGAAAACCACCUGCUGAAAAUGAUAUGCAAAUUAGAUAUUGAAAUCCAGAGGUGAGCUGAUGGAUGUCAAAAAGUAUAGAAAAAGGUACUUGUUUUGAGCAGGUUGGCAGGUAUGUAGAUAUGAUGAUGAUGAUGAUUUUAUUUCUUUGAUACGUUUCUACUUCAUGUUCUUCCAUUACCAUUGCCUUUAGUUGUGUUGUUUGUCAGUGUUCAACUCCUGGAAAUUUUUUUCCUCUAUCAAAACACAAGGUAUAAAGUGGUACCUGGUGCAGUGUGGGAAGGGGAUUGUGAAUUCGUUGCUGUAAAUUGUGCUGCAAAAGUUAGAAUAGCUUGCAUUUCCGUGUUUAUCUGUGUCGUGUUUUGCAUGUAGUUAAGGUAAAUUAAGGCAAACCUUAGUUUUAGAGCAACACUUUCGUAGCGUAAGGUCAAUCUUGAGUUUGAAUCUUUUUUUUAAAUGUGAAGCUUGAAGGUCUGUAUCGAUGUUAGUUGGAAGUGACGUAUCAAGAAGUUAAAGGUGAUGUUUAAAGAGGAUAAAGUUCAUAAUGAAUAUAUGAACUGUGGCUUGAUUUAGCUUGUUAUGAUGGUUGAGUAUUGAUUUCAGGAAGGUACUUGCUUUGGUUUGCAUCUUUCACGUGAUGACAAUUUUGAUAGAGAGUUUAAGAUGUAUCAGCUUAUUAAUUAUUCAAGUUUCUAGGCAACUGUAUGUUUGUUAUUAUUUUUUUCCAGACAAUACCUAUUUCAAAUAUGUCAAUAAUUCAAAUUUUUUCCAAGAUAUUUCAUACUGAAUUCCAGGGACUCAGUAUUCGAGACAUUACCAAAAACAGAUAAUUUUUUUUCAUUAUUUUGAUUAAGGAUUCAAUAAUAGUAUAAAGAAGUGUUUUUCUAAGGGGGAAAUGUAUUCGUUUAUUUUUUUAUUUAAUGUUUGUGUUAUAUUAUUUCUAGAUGAAUUUAUGUGUAAACAUAAAAAUAACGUUCCAUGUUUGUUUCUGAUUUGCAUAUGCAGACGAUUAAUCAACUUUGUACAAAUUGCAUAACAUAUUCCAAGUUGCAUAACAUUUGAACAUUGCCAAAUUUUGGCAGGUAUUAGUUUGAUAUUUGUUUUGGUUUGUGUAUAAAUUUCUUGUGUGUAGAAUUUAUAUCAAGUCUUUACUCUUGAUCUUUGAUAGUCCUUAAGAUUUAAGAUUUUUUUUUUUUUUUUUUUUUUUUACAAAAUCUGACCAAAUGUUUACAUCAAACUCCUAUACCAUCUACACAUGAUGUAUGAAUAAAACAAAAUUACAGUUACCGUAAAAAUAUUAGUCACCUUUAAUUUAUUCCACUAAUGUAGACUUAUAGUGUAAUGGAGACCCCUCCUAAAACGCUGUAGUUACAUACUUACAUCAAGAUUUGUAUUAUAUUACAUUAGGCCUAUAUAUUGUACUGGAAUACAUAUAAUACCCAGUUAUAUAAUGUGCCUUAUGAAAUUGAUUUUCCAGGGGAAGAUAAAAAAUAAACCCCUCAAUUAGAUUGAGUUUGGAUGUUAAACAUAAUAUUUUUUUUUUUUUCUACUUUUGUUUAAUUUUCCCUUGAUAACGUAUAUUGAACUUGAUCAUUUUAACACUGUAAAGUUUGUGUCAUAGAAAUUAUACAUGAUAAUCCUAUUGGCAGAGUUUGCAUUGCUUGGAGCCUGUACAAUUUGAAUAUUUUUCAGUGCAAUACACAGUUUUAUAUGGAAGAAAGUCUAUCAAAUUAUCAAUGAAAUGGCAGCGUAACAAAAGUUUGUAUAAAGAAAGGAAGGUUUUAAACCAAUGUUUUACUCAAAGUUUUAAUAGAUUUAUUAUAUUUAUUUGAGAUAAUUGCUGCCAUUACUGGCUCAAGGAUAGAAUAUUCUUUGAGUGGUUAAUAGAAUGUAUUUUAAUGGGAAGAAUUUAACUAUAUAAUUGGUAGAUUGGUGGUUUUUGGUUUUUUUUCUAAUGCAGUUGAAAGACCCAGUGGGCUGGAAUAUUUACAAGACCACUUUAGUGCCAACUGAAUUUACUUUAGAUAAAUGAUAUAUGAAUUCAGAAUAUACUGUAGUUUUUUUUAUAAUUUAGAUGUUGGAGAAUAAUUUUAGCUUCCUGGUCGCUGGUAUGCCCCGGCACAGAUCCAUAACAAUCAACUAAAGUUAAAGAGAAUUCAUCAAUUAUUUUCAGUAGGCAAACUGUAAUAUUAAUGAUGUUAGUUUAUGACUCUGGUACAGAUGUUAUAAUAGAAAUGUUAUUUUGUCUCUAGCCCAUAUGCAGUCUCAUUUAAUAGUAGGAUUUUAUAUUGAAAUGGUGUAAUGAGAACUAUUUGAAUCUACCUCACAUUCCGGACUGUUAAACACUCUUUAUUAUUGGUUGAAAGUUCUUUGCUGCAGUCUAGUGGGCCAAUCAUGUUCAUUUUUAGAAAAUAUUAUUUUAUCAUUGUUAUUUUGAUUCAUCACGUGAGAGAUGCGAACACGGUAUGUUGUGAAACAUUGCAAGAAUUGUAAAAAAUUUUAAAAAGAGAAUUGUAGUUAAGAUUUAGGGUUUAAUUGUAGAAAUCAAAAAGAAACAAAAAUACUUGUAGACCAGCUGUCUGUAAUGUGUGUUUCUGAUGCAGAGCAAACCAUCCCUUACAGCUUAUGUUGGUCCAUCACUCCAGAAACUCAUUUUGAUUAAAAAGAAUUUUGAAGAAAA